CACUCACUUCCUCAGGCCACGCCCCUGCGCCUGGGAGCCUGACACCUGCGUAGGAGGGGGAUUGUUGCGUCUGGUACCCGGACUCGGGAAGGUCUUUGCCCGGCGAGCUCCCGGUUCCCGCUGGUCUCCCGGAAGAUGAUGGCGUCUUGCGCGCUGUUCCACGCAGAUCCCGGCCUCCCCGAGAGGCGCUCUUCACUGUCCUGCUUUGUAAUCCUUUUGGUGGCCCCAGUGCUACUGCUACCCAUGCCCUCCGAUGCCUGUGACCCUCCGCAGUACAACUCUAUGAGGCCAACUGUUGUUAAAUCCAGUUAUACUCCUGGGGAAAAUGUACAAUUUCAGUGUCGCCCAGGAUACAAGCGUAUUAUACCUCUUCUUCCCGUAUCUUCUGUUUGUUACCCUAAUAACACAUGGACACCUCUCCAGGAGGCUUGUACAAAAAAAUCAUGUCAGCAUCCAGGAGAUCCCGUAAAUGGCCAUAUGGUCAGCGUAAAUGGAAGUUUUCUCUUUGGAUCACAGGUUCACUAUGCUUGUAAUGAGGGUUAUCGAUUAUUUGGGUCAAAAGUUAUUUAUUGUGAACUUUCUAGUAUCGACGAUAAUACAAUGACUUGGAGUGAUAAUCCCCCUCUAUGUAGUAGGAUAUUGUGUCUACCACCCCCAAAAAUAACAAAUGGGAAAUAUACCAAUAGUGGCAAGGAAGAAUAUGAAUAUAAUGAAGUGGUAACUUACAGUUGUGAUCAAUCAAGUGGACCAGAUGCAUAUUCACUUAUUGGAGAGAGCAGACUUGUUUGUACCGGAAAUGGUGAAUGGAGUGGUAACCCUCCGCAGUGUAAAGUGGUCAGAUGUCCACAUCCUGAACCCGCCAAUGGAAGGCUGACGUCAGGAUUUGGAAGAAAAUAUUCCUACAAAGCAACAGUUGUGUUUACGUGCUCAGAGGGUUAUUACUAUAAUGGAACCAACAUAGCAGUCUGUGGCAGUAACGGUACUUGGGAGCCUGCAGCCCCAAUGUGUUACAAAGCGUCAACUCCUCCCAGUACAAAACCUCCAAUUCCGAGUGUCUCAGAAUCCAAGCCUCCUCUUAUGACUACGACUCCGGGUUCAAGCCAUCCAGAUUCAGAUCAUCCAGGAGCUCCCACUACCACUGCACCACCACCUGAAGACGUUAAUACUUUAGGCAAAGGAAUCAUUGCUCUGAUUGUCAUUGUUGUUCUUGCUGGCAUUGUAUUCCUUUGCUGCAUCCUGGUCAUAUUUUAUCGACACAAGAAGAAAGGCACAUACCAAACUGGUGAGAGCCACAGAGAAGUAAAAUUAAAUUCUCUCUGAGAAGAGGAGAUGAGAGAAAGGUUUGCUUUUAUCAUUAAAAGGAAAACAGAAGUUAGCGCCUCAUACAGCACUUACCAGGAUAAAUCCGCUUCGCCAGCAGAGUCCACGCAGUAAACGGUUUCCACACAGUGCAUCUUCUGAUUCUUUUAGAAUGUUGACAUCGAUGGUAAAUUCAUAUAGCCUCUAUGGAAAACAUACACGCCUUCCUCAAAAAACUAAAAACCAAACCAACGAAUGAUUUAGCAGUUCCACUUGCUGGCAUAUAUCCAAAGGAAACAAACAAACAAACAAAAACACUGCAGCUCUCUGUUCUCUGCAGCAUUUUUUACAACGGCCACCACACGGAUGGAUGCCAACCUAAGUGCCCCUGGACAGAUGAAUCGUUAAAAGAAAACAUGGUAUCCAAAUACGGUGGCAUACUGUCCAGCCAUAAAAAAGGAAGGAAAUCUUGCUGUUGGCCACAAAAUGCAUGGACCUUCAGGCAUUUUGCUAAAUGAAAUAAGCUCGAACAAAGACAAAAUAUUGUAUGAUCUCAUUUGUAGAAUCUAAAAGGAAAAAAAAAAAAAUCCCAGAAAACAAAAACAAACCCUAGGAACAAAUCAGAUUGGUGGUUGCUGGGGGGUGGGGGCAGAUUUGGCUGAAGGUGGUCAAAAGGGACACACUUCCAGUUCUAAGACUAACGAGUGCUGGGAUGUAAUUAUCGUUCAGUCUGCUGUCAGUAGUAUAUUGUAUUUUUGGAGAGUUGCUGAGCAGAAGACAAACACUUUUAUAAUUGAAGUAAUGGAUGUGAACUAAGUUCAUUGUGGUAAUCAUUUCAUAGUAUAUACAUUCUCAAAUUAUGCUCUGCACCUUAUACACAAUGUUACGUGUCAGUUAAUAAAACCAGAAAGGGGGAAAGAAAGGAUGUAUAAAAACUAUUCCCUAGGGUUUUUUCCCCCACUUCCACGAAUGCAACUGUUAAUUAAGCCAUCGUGCUAGCGUUUUAAUGUGCUUUGAACGUACUCACCAUCUUUCGAUGCUUUGAACCGUAUAUGCAUUUGGGUAUGAACAUCUGGCCUGUUUCUCCUUAAAAUAACACGUGCAUUUAUAGGGCAACUCAAUACAAUAUCCCUGGUAUUUAGGUGCGGAAAUUAUUUUUUAAAAUGAAAUUUCCAACUUCAGACAACUGUAGUGCAAAAUAAAUUACA